AUGCGUCAAGAGCAAGAAGCAGCACUAACGAGACAGCGACACCCUGUGGACAAACGCGGUAUGUCUAAGCUGCCACCGCCGCACUACACUAUUUCUCAAAGCAUUCCCUGGGACGCAAUGGAGCAGUUGGAGGAGGAACUUACGUGCCCAAUCUGCUGCUGUCUGUUUGAAGACCCGCGGGUGCUCCUGUGUUCUCACAGCUUUUGCAAAAAGUGCUUGGAGGGCUUGUUGGAGGGAUCCCGGGGUCUCGCGUUCCGGACACCUCUUAAAUGUCCCACGUGUCGCAAAGAAACACCCCACAAUGGAGCAAACAGCCUCCAGAUCAACUACUCUCUGCGAGGAAUCGUGGAGAAGUACAGCAAGAUCAGAGUAUUACCUAAAAUGUCCGUUUGUAAACAGCACUUGGGACAACCCUUAAACAUAUUCUGUGCCACGGACUUAAAACUUAUAUGUGGCUUCUGCGCAACCACCGAGCAGCACAGGGGCCACAGGUUCAGCUCUCUGGAAGACGCGUUCGAGCGAGAGAAGGAGUGCUUUGAGGAGCUGCAGCGCGGAGUGCAGAGCUGGCAGAGCGCAGACAUCCUGAGCUGCCUGGAGUCUCUGCAAGAUGGGAAGAAGAAGGCACUGCAGUCUGUGAGCAGAGACGCAGAGGAAGUGACCGACUACUUUGACAAGCUGAUCAGCACCAUCGACUGUAAGAAGAACGAGAUCCUCUCUGACCUGGAGACGCUCAAGUUGGUGGUGAUGCAGGCGUAUGAUCCGGACAUCACGAGGCUUGGCGCGGCGCUGGAGGAGCGGGAGCGUGCGUUGUGCCUGGCUGAGUCCUUUAAGAGCAUCACUGACCCUCUGUGCUUUUUACAGCAGAUGCAGGAGUUCCGUGCCAAGUUCAGGAUUCUCAGGGAAACCCUGCUCCCUGACUGUAAAGACAAGGAUCAUAUUGGACCACUCGUGCGUAAUUUUGAUGUGAAAAAGUGGGACUCGCUGAGGCUUAGAGAAGUGGAUAAAAUAAGCGUGCCUCAUGAAAAAGUGUCGUACAGGGCUGGCUGUGCGAGGGCGACGGCUCCAAAGGCAAUAGCUUUAUGUGCGCGCCUCUGCGUCGCUGUGGCCCUGCUCCUGGGGACACACGUCCUCGCAGCAUCAGCCCAGCUCCGCUAUGAACCUGUGCUGGAGGCGCUUACAUCCAGAUUCUGCCAGAGCACGGAGUUCCUGCGCGACCUGGCCUCUUCAUCCACAAGUCUGCUGAGUGUAGGACAGCAAUAUUUCAUAAGUAUCGUGGACUCCACUGUCAAAUUCUUUAGCUUUUACCACUAA